CGCUGUCUGUGAGAGACCCAGGCAGCAGACACACACACACCGACACACAGACUCAGUUAAGACAGGGAAACAAACAGUUUGCAGUUUCUUUGGAUUACUUCGUGUAGUUUCGUCGAGCAGUCGAACAAGACGCCUGUUGAGUACGUCGCUAACAUUCCUUUGGAUAUACUGCCACCGGGGAGCUGCCCAGGGGCUCGGCGGCGCUACAGGUGAAAGAGGCCAAAUGAUACAAGUUUUGAAAAUCUUGGAAUCCUUGGAGAACAAAGAAGAUAACUCUUUCCUUGUAACCCGCCCUUCAAGUUCCUUGCUACAGUUUCUUAAAAUCCUGCAAGUUAGAAGACUGGGAUAUUUAAGUGCAGAGUAACCCUAAAAUAAUCCAGAUCCAGGCCAAAAAAGGAAUCCUGUAAACCACCUUAAUGCUUGUCUUGGACUUCGGGAAAAGAAAAGGGAAAUACAUGUGGCUUAUAAUAUUGCAGCCUCGAUUUUUAGAAUAUCUAGUGAAGUGUUUAGGUGGCUAUGAAUGACUGGAUGUUAACCCUUUAGGGUGUUGCAGUUUUAUUUAUUUAGUUUGUUUACUACAGGGUAUUCAAACUGGCUUUGUUUUUAAAGCAAUGGUAAAAGGCUGAGGGGGAAUAAUUGCUACUGCUCCAUUUUUUUUCUGUCCUAAAAUGUUCUAAGGUGACACCCCCCAGACCAUUGGUCACUUGAGUGUCCAACCCCCCUUUUGCACUGUGAUGAUUAAGACUGUAUAAAGGAAACCAGUGGAAGCUGGUGCAAGUGUAAUGUGAUUUAACUGGUAGCUGCGUGUACCCCUUCCCCACCCCUUUUACUCAUUGAUUGUUCUUCUUUGAUUCAUGAGGUGAACCACAGGGCUCUGGCUGUUUUAUCAAAGCAGCGCUCCUUUUUUCUUUUUUUUUUUUCUUUUCUUUUCUUUUGAUAUCUCUGUAUGUCUAUAGAGUGUAAAAUGAGUAGGUAAAGGAAGUUAUAGGGAACAAGUGCUAGCACAGAGUGCAGCCGCCAGGUCUUCAGGAUCUGCUCUGGCUAUCGUCAUCCAGAGAACUGUGUAUCCAACGCUCAGGCCUUUACAGUACAAAAGGCAAGGAGUUAAGAGCUGGAUUUCAGAGCCUCUAACUCUGGAUUCUGGCCAUGAGGUUUGAUGCCUCACUCCACUGACUGGAGUCACUGAACCUAAAUGGCGCAGCAUGACUUUGUUCCUGCCUGGCUUAACUUCUCAACCCCUCGGCCUGUCAAGUCCCCUGCAGUCAGCUUGGAGAAACAUGGAGAACAUGUGUCCCGUGGUGACGGCCGACAAGCUGUAAAUCGCAGACGCCACAACUCUUCAGAUGGAUUUUUCAACAAUGGUCCCCUUCGUGCUCCUGGAGUAGAUGUUUGGCAACAGCCAUCCCUUCUGCGGCAUGACUCUGUGGAUUCUGGGGUCUCAAAAGGCCCCCAUGUUGGACUUGUCAGUAGCCAGGGCUGGAAGGAGAACAACUCCAGUUGGCAUAGCACAGCACGAGAGCCUAUGAAUCAGCACCAUCGCAGUGGAGGGGAACGGUUGGCCAGCCAUAGACAGUGGAAUGGGAAUGUUCACCCUCGGAAGUCUGCAGUCUUCCAGGAGAAGCCACCUCCAGAAGCCAGGGAAGAGAAAAGGGACAUCAAGGAGGACAAGCUGAAGUUUAUGGAAGAAGAUUUUCCUUCUCUAAAUCCUGAAGCUGGAAAUCAGAUCUCUCACAACAAGCCCAUGGGAACUCCUGCAGGGGUUUGGGAGAACCCUCCUAGUGCCAAGCAGACAGUGUCCAAGAUGCUGGUCAUCAAAAAGGUUUCAAAAGAAGACCCGUCUGCAGCUUUCUCUGCUGGGUUUGCAGUUACACAACCGAUUCUUGCCAAUGGAAACAAAAUCCCCAUUGUUGGGCCCAGUGUCUACAAAAACCUUGUACCUAAAGUAACAGCACCUUCAGCUAAGGCAGGCCCAUGGAAACCCAAUGGACGGGAAAGUAAAUCUUCUUUACAUUUCUCGGGCCGGGACACCAUCUUGACUAGCCCCGUAACUGUGACCAAGCCUUUGGCCCAAAUUAGCAACUCCAGUCAUGUGUCUCCGAAAGAGCAAACACCUCCUGGCAACUCCAGUACCACGCCACCUGUGGAUAUCAACCCUCCACGCCUUGUGAAGCUGAUGCGUCGCAGUGACAAAAAAAGCGAGUUCCUGAAAACUCUAAAGGAUGACCAGAAUGGGGAUGCAUCUGCUUGCCACAGCCCUACUGCACAGGAGGAGGGUGAAAGUAGCACACCAGAACCAAAAGAUUACCGAGAAGGAAUCUGCUAUCACAAUGGCCUUUCACUGUCUGCCAUCGAUUCAGACUCUGAGCAUCUUUCAAGUUCCCUGGAAGCAGAGCACAGGUUGCUCAAAGCUAUGGGGUGGCAGGAGCACCCUGAAAAUGAUGAAAAUUAUCUGCCUCUGACCGAGGAUGAGCUUAAGGAAUUUCAGGAAAAAACAGAACAGUUAAAGAAGAAUAGCUCGGGACAGAGCAGCUCCCUUUUGAAGCCCCGUUCUCUGCAUCUUGGACCCUGGAGAAGCACUUUGAAAACUGAAAUGGAUGAGGGCUCUGAAUCAGAAACGAGCAGUAGCAGUGAGACCUCAGAUGACGAUACUUAGCAGCAAGACCUCAGAUGACAAUACUUGUGACUUUAGCAGAAGAGCAAACUUGGGGGCUGGGGGUGUCAAAAGUUGAGCUUUUUUUUUUUUUAUUUUUUUUUUUUUACUUUACAUAAUACACUGUUAAUUUUUUCAUGCACAAGGGAAAAAUCAUCUAGUGAGUUUUUUUUUUUGUCUUGUGUACAGCUUUUUUCCCUUUUUUGGGGGGUGGGGAGCCUGUUUUCCUUUAAGCUUGAUUGGGGGCUAAUUUAAAAAGACGCUCUUUCACCUCACAGAAGCUAAUCGAAUUAAUGGCCCCAAACACCAAAGCUGUGCUUGGAAAAUUGUUUUUGGAACCGUUGAUAAGUAGAGAGCUGCCUCACGUGUCAGGAUGAGGACUAAUGGUGUUACAGUGUUUUAGUAUGUGUGUGUCACCAGAGAGGAUUUUAAUCAGUGCUCCUUCUGGAACAUUCACUAGGCUCAUUUGGCACAGCUGUAAAUUGCAGAGGGAGGGAAAAGGUUUUUUUUUUUUUUCUUUUUUUUUUCUCAUCCUUGCACCCGUGUUCCUGAAGCCUUGAUAUUCAGGGUGAACUGUAAAAUAAAAAAAACAAAUAAAAUUUUGUGAGUUUUCAAAGCUUAUUUUGAUAACAUUAUUUACAGAUUAAAAAGGAGAGUUGCAAAAAUUUCUGUAUUAGGAAAUAACUACUGCAUCAGAAGUCAAAUCUUUGGAAUAAAUAUUUUGCAUCCGUUUGCCA